AUGAGUAAUACAAAUGGUUUUCACCCGCCUUCAGCAACGAUGGCGUACAAUGGACAAAAUGAAACUUCAAAACGUUUACCGAGUACAAGUAGUACAAGCAGUACCAGUAGUAAUAGUACAAUAGCAACAAAUAAACGUUUAAAAGCAAAAUUAAUUGUAUCAAAUGUUAAUGAGACACGAACAAUGAAAAAAGAUAAAACAAAAAAACAAAAAUCAACAAAUGAAUCAAAUAAAAAACGUUCAAAUCACAAUGAUUCAAAUAAUAAUUCAACAAAAAAAGUUAAACAAUCAUCACAUUCUCGACAUCUUCUAUCACAUCCUGUUUUACAUCAUCAUCAUCAUCCUCAACAUGAAAAAAAAUCUCAAUCUGAAAACAUUCCAUCAUCAACAACAACAACAACAACAAAUAAAAGAGAACAUCAUCAUCAUCAUCAUCAACAUCACCAUCAUCAUGUUAUUAAUAAUGAUCAUUGUGAUUCAUGUGGAGAAUUAUAUGGUGAAAUGAUAUCAUGUGAUAAAUGUCCAGCUACAUUUCAUCUUCUUUGUGCUAAUCCACCAUUAUCACGAGAAGAUGUUCCUAAAGGUUCUUAUUUUUGUGAAAAUUGUCGAGCUAAAGCAGCAGAAGAAGAAUUAAUAAAUAAAGAAAAACAAACAAAAAUAAAUCUACAAACACAAAAACCAUUUUCAUAUGAUCCAAAGAAAAAAUUAAAUAGUAAUGGAUUUAAAAAAAAUCUACAACAACAUUCAACAUUAGGACAAAUUAAAUUACCAACAGCAUCAAAUGGUCGAUCAUUAAUACAACCAUCUGGUGAAAUAAAAUUUCGUGCAACAAAUAAUACCACUAAAAUGAAAUCAUCAUCAUCGAAUCUCAAACGAAAACGUAUCGAUUCAUUGCAUUCGCCACCAUCGAUAGCAACUCCGCCUAUAAAAAUUCCUACGACACAAAUUGAAACAUUACGUCGUUUACUUCUUUCAUGUCGACCAGAAGAAUUUCAUGGUCCAUCGUUACCAUUCGAUGAUCCAACAUAUAAUCGUGAUAAUUAUUUUCAAAAGAAUACAUUAACAUGGCAAAAAUAUUGUUUUAUAUGUCGAAAAUCUUCAACAAAUCAUAUUCCAUCAAUACAUUGUGAUUAUUGUCCAUUAACAUAUCAUUUAGAUUGUUUAACACCACCAAUGACAUCAUUACCAUCAUCAACAGAUAAAUGGAUGUGCCCAAAUCAUAUUGAACCAAUAUUAGAUCGUUAUUUAUUAAAGAAAAAUAAAUUUUCUACAAGUGAACGUGUUAAAAUUUAUCAACAAUAUUCACAAAUAGAACAUAAUACAAUUAUACAAGAUUUUACACAUAUGAGACAAACAAAAAGACAUCUAUUGUCAAAAACAACAGAUAAUCGUAGAUUAGAGCGUAUUGAUAUAAGUCAUAUACCCAAAGUUAUUGAACAAUAUUAUUUUAAUGCAAAUAACAAAUCUAAACAGUUUUAUGAAAAUCAAAUUAAUGAUAAUACAGAAGAAGAGAAAGACAAAAAAGAGAAAGAAGAAUGUGUACAGGCACUUAUUGGUCUUGAUGAAUGUUCUUCUACAUAUGAUCCAUGUGUAUGGGAUAUAUUACAAGCAAUACUUAAUCAUAUCAGUGAUGGUCAUGUAUAUGAAUUCUCAUCCAUAGUCAAUUCUUCUUUAUUAAUUGAGAAUGAUAAAAUAAGAAAAAUAUCACAUGAAAAAGAAUCUAAUACACUCGAUAAAAUUGAUAUACUAUUGAAUGCAUUAAAUGAAUCAAAUUAUUCAAUAGAACACAAUAAAAUUCAUAAUAAUGGUCUUGAAGUUCUUCUUGCUGCAGCUGAUUCAUGUUUAAAUAAUGAAAAUUCUUCAUUAGUAUCAAAACAAAUACCAACUUCAUUAAUGAAUACUCUCUCACUUUUAAUAGAUCUUUCACAAUUUCGUUUAUCUCAUGCAGCCAUUAUACAUAUACGUUCUAAACAUAUUAUUUAUAUACGCAAACAAGUUAUUUGGUUUGGUUCAUCAUUAUCAAAUGAUAUAUGUUUGAAAAAUUUCAAUGAUCAACAAACAUGUCAAUAUGUUUCAGAACGACAUGCUUGUUUAUUUUAUGAUCGAAAACGAAAUCUAUUUGAAUUAUUAAAUUAUAGUGAAUAUGGUACAAUUGUUAAUGAUCUUCGUUAUGGUCUUGGAAAUAUAUCUGAUAAUGAAAGUGAUGAUGAUGAUAAUAAUGAUGAGAAAAUAUUUGAGAAUGAUAAGUUAAAAAAAUGUUUUUGUUUAACAUCACCAUCAUAUCAUUCAGCAUGGGAUGGACCUGCCCAAAUCGAACAAGGAACAGUAGUUCAAAUUGGUUGUCAUGAAUUUCUCUUUUACCGGCAUGUUGUCCGAUAG